AUGUCCGAAUCCGCCAAAGAAAAUGGCCUGGCAAGGUCGCGAUCGACAUUUAUAUCCAGCAGCGACUCCGAGUCUCGCGGAUCCAGGUCGAGGGCGAACUCACGAUCUCGAAGCCUAACCGGAUCUUUGAAGUCAAGGCUACGCUCACUCUCAAACCCAGGAAUGAGUAAAGUAGACCGCAUCCAUUCUGGGCGACACAUCAACGACCAAUCUGUGUACCACAGUGAUGAAGGAAAUGACGACGAUGUAUCCUUCGAAGGCAGAGACACCGACACGAUCCAAGAAGUUCGGAAUGGGAUAGUGAACGAACGCGAUAUUGAUUUAGAGAAGUCUCAGAAUCCGGAACUCGAAAAGAUACGCACAGCGAAGUCAAACAAGUCUCGAAAUGACCCAAAGCUGGUUACGUGGGACGGCGAUGAUGACCCCGGGAACCCCAAGAACUGGACCAUGAAGAAGAAAUGGGCUGCAACCAUCACGGUCUCUCUGUUUACCUUCAUUUCCCCGGUCUCCUCGUCCAUGGUUGCUCCCGCACUCUCAUCCAUCGCCACCGAGUUCAAUGUCACGGAUGAAGUGGUCUCGCAACUCAUGCUUUCUGUCUUCGUCUUGGCUUACGCAGUUGGCCCAUUAUUCCUUGGCCCGUUAUCCGAGAUCUACGGAAGGACUAUCGUUCUUCAGCUGGCGAAUCUUUUCUUCUUGGUGUUCAAUAUCGGCUGUGCCGUAUCGAAAACCAAGGUACAGAUGAUUGUUUGUCGCUUUUUCGCUGGACUUGGAGGUAGCGCCCCACUAGCUAUCGGUGGUGGAGUCCUCUCAGAUUGCUUUCGCCCAGAAGAGCGCGGCAAAGGAAUCGCGAUCUACAGUCUCGCUCCCCUACUGGGUCCUGCCUUAGGUCCUGUGGCGGGAGGCUUUAUUGCCGAAAACACAACAUGGCGAUGGGUCUUCUACUCAACUUCUAUAGUAGACGCUCUGAUCCAAGUGAUGGGUCUGUUUUUCCUUCGUGAGAGCUACGGCCCCAAAAUCCUGCGUGAUCGCGCCAUGCGUCUACGCAAAGAAUCAGGCGAUGAAUCCUAUCAAACAGAAAUUGAACGCCAAAAGAAGCCAUUGUCAGAAACCAUGCGCAUCGCCCUCAUCCGCCCCUUUCGACUUCUUCUCACCCAACCCAUCGUGCAAGUUCUUGCUCUUUUCAUGGCAUAUAUCUACGGCAUCAUGUAUCUGGUCCUCUCGACUUUCCCGUCUCUCUGGACCAGCCCGCAAUACUAUAAUGAGUCAGUUGGCAUCGGCGGGCUCAACUACAUCUCUCUCGGGUUGGGAUUCUGGCUCGGCUCACAAAUCUGUGCUCCUCUCAAUGACCGCAUCUACCGUCGUUUGAAAGCACGAAACAACGGCGUUGGAAAACCCGAGUUCCGUGUCCCGCUGCUGUUCCUCGGUGCAUUCUUCAUACCCACUGGACUCUUUAUCUACGGAUGGACUGCGCAGUACCACUGCCAUUGGAUCGCACCCAAUAUCGGCGCGGUCCUUUUCGGCACGGGUAACAUCAUCGCGUUCCAGUGUAUUCAGACUUAUAUGGUCGAUACGUAUGCGCGUUUUGCUGCUAGCGCAUUGGCAGCCAGUGCAUGCUUGCGCUCACUUGCUGGGUUUGGGUUCCCUCUAUUUGCACCAUACAUGUACAAUGCGUUGCAUUAUGGAUGGGGCAAUAGCUUGUUGGCUUUCGUGGCUAUUGUCAUCGGAGUACCCGCUCCUGUGUUUCUUUGGAAGUUUGGCGAGAAGCUCCGGAAGAAGAGUCCAUUCGCAGCUGGCUAG